GCGCAGUGUCAUUUCAAAAUUGGUAAGCUAGUGAAAUGGCGGAGCAAGGGUCUAUGGACGAUCUCUUGUCAACAGAAAUAGAUGAAAACAAAGUAACUGCGUUGGUAGGCUCUUUAGAAUCACAGUUGGCUUCUGCUACAGGCAAAGAAUCUCACAAGGUUGUUUCUGCUUCCUCUUUUAAUAACAAUCACAUCGGUGGGAAUGCAUCGCUUGCGAGUACUCCAGGCACCGUUCACAACUCCAGACCACAACACACAGUUGUCAGCGUGCAUGGUCUCUCAGCGCACCAGUCUGCAAUCAGUGCCAAUAAGGUGGUUCCUCAGUCUACAAACAUUAUAAACUCCGUGAAAGGUAGUUUAAGCAAUCCUCAGAUCAUUGGAAUUUCAUCUAUUGGAAUUGAAUCUAUCAAUUCAAGCUCUGCAAACCAGCAGGCGUUGAACAGAAACAACUCAAACUCCACAUCUCUUUCCAAUGCCAAUGUACCUCAGCAAGUUCACACCAGCAAACACCUAACCAAUUCACCUUCUAUACGCAUAGUUACAAAUAAUUCUAAACCUCCCAAUUCAGCCGCAGGUCAGAUACAGACUUCCAAUACACAGUUUUUAAACAGUGCCAUGUCUCAAAGUGUAACGAUACGACCCCAGGGUCAUGCCCUUAAUAGGGUAAACAUAAACGCUUCAGGUGCCAGUACUGCUAUUCAUAACUUGGCUACUAUUGCUGCUGAGGCAAAACCAUUGAUAGUGUUACCUAAUGGUAGCAACCAUUUACAAAAUGUUCAGCACAAAGACGGAUCUGUGAUACCUCAUCAAAUUGUGGUGAAAAGUGAUGCUAAUCAUGCUGUGAAACGGGAAGUCAAUCCCCUCGUGAAAAGUGAUAUUUCAAUGCCAAACUCUGUGAUACAAGGUGUAAGGCAGGGUGCACCUAUAAUAUCUAGUGGUACUCAGCACAUACGAGUGACUGGAACCAGCAAUCCGAGCAUUGUUGCUGUGAGGACAAAUACACCCCAUUCGCAGCAUGUUGUUGUUCGAGCUACUGUUGCAACGACGUUAGCAAAUUCAUCACCAUCUGUGCAAGUGGUCAAUGCUUCAGCGGCUGGUACCCCUUCCACAUUAAGGCCUACUGUGACUCCUCAGAUUAGACCAGGACAAGUUCGUAUUUCAAAUCCUGUGAGAACUGCAGCUCCACAAAAUAUUGCACCUAGGCAGCAGACCUCCCAAACAGGAACCAUCGCUAUUCCUCAAGGAGCUCUGUUGAUUCGCAAUGAAAGUGGCCAUCUUGUCAUAGUGUCAGCUCCCCAAUCUGUCAUUCAGCAGACCCCAAGCAGCAAUAGUGUUAUCACUACCAUCGCCCCAAGCAACUACAGGGUACAAAAUGUUAGGCCACUGGCCACACCAGCCCCAGUGCGGACAGUUGGCAGUGGGCAAACCAUCGUCACCAUCCAACCUCAGGGGGCUCCCCAGCAUCAGCCGUCGCAGCAAGUGCGUGGACCAGCCAUCUCCACUGUGGUGCAAGCCACCAGCCUUCCUCGGCCCCCAAGACCCACCAUGUCUGUUGUGGGGCAACCCGCUCAGGCUGUUGGUCAACCUGCACCGUCCACCCCUGCUGGAGGCUCUGUGGCAGCGCCUUUGGAAAUGAACAAGGCGAUGAUGGAAAAUGUUAAAAAGUGCAAAAACUUUUUAUCAACUCUUAUCAAGCUUGCCUACAGUCAACCAGAGGACACAGUCCGUAAUGUCCAAGCGCUCAUACAAGGACUCAUUGAUGGCAGGGUGGAACCAGAAGUAUUCACAGAAAGACUUCAACAUGAGCUGCAGUCAUCACCACAGCCAUAUCUUGUCCCGUUCCUCAAGAAAAGCCUUCCAUUACUGCGUCAGUCUAUGCUGAUGGGUCGCAUGUCUAUAGAGGGUGUGCGACCCCCUCCCACGCAGACUGUGUCGCAGCCACCAACAACCACUUCGUCACAACCUGUGGUGACCACCCAAGCGGUGGUGACUCAGCAGGUCAUCACGGCAGCAGGCACCCUCACCACCAGGCCCAUCGUAGCUCCGGUAGUGCAGCCGCAACAGCAGCAGCAGGUGCGUCCAAAGAUGCGACCAAGCCCAGGACCUGCCAGCAGUAAGGUGGCAGCCAUUCGUCAGUCUGUUCCCCAGGUGGCCAUAACUUCUGGUGGCAACAAAAUGGUGGUCCAUGCAGCACCUCAAGGCCCACGACUCCCCCAGCCUGUGUCCCAAGUCCAGCGCCCCCCCCAGCCCCAGCGUCUGCCUCAGCCCCAACGUCUACCGCAGCCCCAACGUCUACCGCAGCCCCAGCGUUUACCACAGCCCCAACGUCUACCACAGCCCCAGCGUUUACCGCAGCCCGUAUCACAUGGUCAGCUUCAACCCGUCCGGCCCAAGAUGGCUAGCCCUCGACCAUCUGCACCGGUCGUGCGAGCCCAGAGACCCGUCAUUGCUCCGACAGCCGUGGUCAAGCAAGAACCUUCUAGUCCAGCGCCUGGCCACAGAGAAAAGAGGAAAUUUGAAUCCUUGAAGGAUGGUGAUGACGAUAUCAAUGAUGUUGCAACUAUGGGAGGUGUGAACCUAUCAGAGGAAUCAAAAAAUAUCCUUGCAACUACCAAUGCAGACUCCAUAGGUGCCCAGUUGAGGUCUUGUAAAGAUGAAGUUUUCCUUGCUGCCUCACCUCUUCUCAGGAAAAUCACUGCUAUAGCUAAAAAGUAUGGUGUGGAAGAAGUCAACCCUGCUGUUGUGAGUCUAAUUUCCCAUGCAACACAGGAAAGGUUGAGAGACUUUGCCUCAAAGUUAUCGAUCAUUGCUGAACACCGAGUAGAAAUUUACAAGAUGGACUCAAGAUAUGAAGUGGAAUCUGAAACCAAACAGAAGCUUAAGUUUCUGGAAGAGCUAGACAAGUUGGAAAAGAAGCGUCAUGAGGAACAUCAAAGGGAAAUCUUACUGAGGGCCAUCAAGAGUCGGUCAAAGAAUGAGGAUCCAGAGCAACUGAAGCUCAAGCAGAAAGCGAAAGAGCUCCAACAAGCGGAAGCAGAAGAAUUGCGACAGAAAGAGGCAAACCUCACAGCUUUGGCUGCCAUAGGACCUCGAAAGAAGAGGAAGCUGGACUUGUCAGACUCUGGAGUGUCAGGGUCGAGUUCCACCAGUAACACACUCUCCUCGAAUCUGAAUUCAUCAAGACCAGCUGUGAUGCGUCCUAGGAUUAAGAGAGUGAACAUGAGAGACGUGCAGUUUUUAUUGGAAAACGAGAAAGCAACGAGGAAGUCAGAACUUUUAUACAAAACAUUCCUGAAGUGAGAUGUGUGAAAUUAGUGCAAUGCUUUUCUUGAUGUGAAUGGAUGGAUUCUGUUUUGCUGACAGAGAACACAAACACAAGUUGUUGUAUAAUGAAAUGAAUUUUUGCCAACGGGGCAAGUGGAAUAUUGUUUUGCUGUUGAGCGUUAGAAGAAUCUGUUGACCAAUAGCUUUGUAUGAAAUAUACAUGUGGGAGGUUUUUUAGGUGUGAUUGCUGUCGCCAUCUAGUGUGCACCGUCUGUGUUUGUAAGAGCUCCAGAAAUGUGAUUGAAGAAUGCUCCCACAAUGUUGUGUGGAAGAUGAGAAUAAAUGGUUACAGUAUGAUUC